CCCACCCCUCCCCUCGCAGUCUCUCGCUCGAGUGAAUGUGGCGCGGCGGCGCGGGACGCAGCCUCGGCCCCUGCCGCGGCCCCGCAAGCUCGUGAGGAGACCCAGCCGCCGCCUGCCCCCACCCGCUGGGCUUCCCGGGGGAGCCACCGCCGCCUGGGAAGAAGAACGAGGAGGGGAGCGAAGGGACGGCGGCGGGAAAACGGGAGAGGGAGAAGAGGGUUCGAGGGCGACUGGGCAAGGCGGAGAGGGACGGACGGAAGAACGGACGGCCCGACGGACUGCCCGGGGAGGGGGCCGCCAUCGAGCUUGCCCGGCCCCUCGGCUCCGGCCCGGGGCGGCCGCGGCGGCGGCGCGGGCGAAGGGCGCGGCAGGCGCUAUCGAGACAAUAACCCCGCCGCCCGGCUCUGGGGGCGGCGGCGAGGAGGAGCUGGCGGCCUAGCGCGGCCGAGGCUCGCCCAGCGCCCCGGCGGCAUCUUGGUCCCCGCCGGCCGGCCUCCGCCGCCGUCGGGUGUGCGGGGCGCGCCGGGCGCCCGGAGCUCGAGGCUCUCCGCGGACGCCCCCUGCCCUCCCCCUCCCCGGUGCGCGCGGAGCUGGUUUUCCGGGUUCCCCUGGACCGAGCUGGAUCCUGCUUCUGCGCCAAGGCAGGAAGUGAGUUUCGCACGGUAAUUCCGGGCGGUGUCACGAGUGAAAAGUUUUUUUUCGGCGGAGAUCCUAGUUGGGGCUGGGAAACUCCUGUCUUAAGUUGAGACCAGGAAACCAGCCCUCUUCCCAACCCCCUACGCCGAACCACCUACUCGUCCUACUGCGGGAGGCCACUCCACAUCCGCUCUCACUGGAGAGAGAAAUUCGGCUGGAUCCAAAGUGACUAAUGAAGGGAAGGAAAUCAUGUCUGGCGAAGCCUUGAAAGAGCUACCCUGAGACACUGCCCGACCGAAAGGUGGGAGAUGUAUUUCUUCAGUAGCUGGCUCCUUUUCGGACGUUUACAAUCUCAAUGAUACUUGUUUGGUUAAUCGAAAGGAAGGAAGUAUCUGCUUAAUUUUUCUUAAUGUUGGCUCAAUUAAGAAACAUCAGGGAGAUAAAUUCAACCCAGUGUGUCUAAAAAUGACUACAAAACGAAGUUUGUUUGUGCGGUUGGUACCAUGUCGUUGUCUACGAGGGGAAGAGGAGACUGUCACUACUCUUGAUUAUUCUCACUGCAGUUUGGAACAGGUUCCCAAAGAGAUUUUUACUUUUGAGAAAACUUUGGAGGAGCUCUAUUUAGAUGCUAAUCAGAUUGAAGAGCUUCCAAAGCAACUUUUUAACUGUCAGUCUCUACACAAACUGAGUUUGCCAGACAAUGAUUUAACAACAUUACCAGCAUCUAUUGCAAAUCUCAUUAAUCUCAGGGAACUGGAUGUCAGCAAGAAUGGAAUACAGGAAUUUCCAGAAAAUAUAAAAAAUUGUAAAGUUUUGACGGUUGUGGAGGCCAGUGUAAACCCUAUUUCCAAGCUUCCUGAUGGAUUUUCUCAGCUGUUAAACCUAACCCAGUUAUAUCUAAAUGAUGCUUUCCUUGAGUUCUUGCCAGCUAACUUUGGCAGAUUAACUAAACUCCAGAUAUUAGAACUUAGAGAAAACCAGUUGAAAAUGUUGCCAAAAACCAUGAAUAGACUGACCCAACUGGAGAGACUGGAUUUGGGAAGUAAUGAAUUCACAGAAGUGCCUGAAGUACUUGAGCAACUAAGUGGAUUGAAAGAAUUUUGGAUGGAUGGUAAUAGACUGACUUUUAUUCCAGGGUUUAUCGGUAGUUUGAAACAGCUCACAUACUUGGAUGUUUCCAAAAAUAACAUUGAAAUGAUUGAAGAAGGAAUUUCAGCAUGUGAAAACCUUCAAGAUCUCCUGUUAUCAAGCAAUUCACUUCAACAACUGCCUGAGACUAUUGGUUCACUGAAGAAUGUAACAACUCUUAAAAUAGAUGAAAAUCAAUUAAUGUAUCUUCCAGACUCUAUAGGAGGGUUAGUGUCAAUAGAAGAACUGGACUGUAGCUUCAAUGAAGUUGAAGCUUUGCCUUCAUCUGUUGGACAGCUUACUAAUAUAAGAACUUUUGCUGCAGAUCAUAAUUAUUUACAACAGUUACCCCCAGAGAUUGGAAGCUGGAAAAAUAUAACUGUCCUAUUUCUUCAUUCCAAUAAACUUGAGACACUUCCAGAGGAAAUGGGUGAUAUGCAAAAAUUAAAAGUCAUCAAUUUAAGUGACAAUAGGUUAAAGAAUUUGCCCUUUAGCUUUACAAAGCUGCAACAGCUGACUGCUAUGUGGCUCUCAGAUAAUCAGUCCAAACCCCUGAUACCUCUUCAAAAAGAGACUGAUUCAGAGACCCAGAAAAUGGUGCUUACUAACUACAUGUUCCCUCAGCAGCCGAGGACUGAGGAUGUUAUGUUCAUAUCAGAUAAUGAAAGUUUUAAUCCUUCACUGUGGGAGGAACAGAGGAAACAGCGGGCUCAAGUAGCAUUUGAUUGUGAUGAAGACAAAGAUGAAAGGGAGGCACCUCCCAGGGAGGGAAAUUUGAAGAGAUAUCCAACACCAUACCCAGAUGAGCUUAAGAAUAUGGUCAAAACUGUUCAAACCAUUGUACAUAGACUAAAAGAUGAAGAGACCUGUGAAGAUUCUGGAAAAGAACUGAAACCACAUGAAGAUCAGCAAGUUGUAAAUAAUGAUGUGAGUGUGAAGACUUCAGAAAGUACCACUCCAGUAAGAAUCAAAGCUGAUGAAAGAGAAAAGUAUAUGAUAGGAAACUGUUUACAGAAGACCAGUGAAUCUGAAGCUGAGAUUAGUCCUGAGAGUCUACCAGUGACUACAAAUAUGAAAGCCUCUGAGAACUUGAAGCAUAUUGUUAAUCACGACGAUGUUUUUGAGGAAUCUGAAGAACUUUCUUCUGAUGAAGAGAUGAAAAUGGCAGAGAUGCGACCACCAUUAAUUGAAAGCUCUAUUAACCAGCCAAAAGUGGUAGCUCUUAGUAAUAACAAAAAAGAUGAUACAAAGGAUACAGAUUCAUUAUCGGAUGAAGUUACACACAAUAGCAAUCAGAAUAACAGCAACUGUUCUUCUCCAUCUCGGAUGUCUGAUUCAGUUUCUCUUAACACUGAUAGUAGUCAAGAUACCUCACUCUGCUCUCCAAUGAAACAAACUCAUAUUGGUAUUAAUUCCAAAAUCAGACAAGAAGAUGAAAAUUUUAACAGCCUUUUACAAAACGGAGGUAUUUUAAAUCAUUCAACAGAAGAAAAAUUCCAGCUUCAUGAUAAAAAAGACAUUAACUUAUCUGAAUAUGAUUUGAAUAUUGAAGAGCGAUUGGUUCUUAUUGAGAAAAGUGUUGACUCAGCAGCCACAUCUGAUGAAUCUCACAAACUAGACCAUAUCAAUAUGAAUCUUAAUAAACUUGUAACUAAUGAUACAUUUCAACCAGAGAUAGUGGAAAGAUCAAAGACACAGGAUAUAGUGCUUGGAACAGACUUUUUAAGCAUUAAUGCUAAAAGAGAAGCUGAGCCCUUGGAAAAUGGAAAUAAGUAUCCUAAUUUGGAAUGUGUAAAUAAGAUAAAUGGACAUUCUGAGGAAACUCCACAGUCUGCUAGGAGGACUGAACCACAUGACACUGAUUCUUCUGUUGAUAUGGGUGUUUCCAAAAGCACUGAAGAUCUCUCUCCUCAGAGAAGUGGGCCAAUUGGAUCUGUUGUGAAAUCUCAUAGUAUAACUAAUAUGGAGACUGGAGGGUUAAAAAUCUAUGACAUUCUUAGUGAUAAUGGACCACAGCAGCCAAGUGCAACAAUUAAAGUAACAUCUACUAUUGAUGGAAAAAAUAUUGUCAGGAGCAAGUCUGCUACACUUUUGUAUGAUCAACCAUUGCAAGUAUUUACUGGUUCUUCUUCAUCUACUGAUUUAAUAUCAGGUACAAAGGCAGUUUUCAAAUUUGAUUCAAAUCAUAAUCCUGAAGAGCCAAAUAUAAUAAGAAGCCCCACAGUAAGUGGCCCACAACCUAUGCCUCAGAUGUACGGUCCUCCUCAGUAUAACAUCCAGUACAGUAGCAGUGCUGCUGUUAAGGACACUCUGUGGCACACCAAACAGAAUCCCCAAAUAGAUCAUGUCGGUUUUCCUCCUCAGCGCCUUCCUAGAUCAGAGAGCACAGAAAGUCAUAGUUAUGCUAAACAUUCUGCCAAUAUGAAUUUCUCUAACCAUAACAAUGUCCGGGCUAAUACUGGAUACCAUUUACAUCAGAGGGUUGGUCCAGGAAGACACGGGGAAAUGUGGGCAAUCUCACCAAACGACCGACUCAUUCCUGGAGCAACUCGAACUGCCAUUCAGCGACAAAGUAGUGUUUCCUCUACAGCUUCUGUAAAUCUUGGUGAAUCAGGUCCCACAAGGCGGGCCCAGAUUCCUGAAGGAGAAUAUUUAUCAUACAGAGAGUUACAUUCAGUGGGAAGAACUCCAGUGAUGUCAGGAUCACAGAGACCUCUUUCUGCACGAACAUAUAGCAUCGAUGGUCCAAAUACAUCAAGGCCUCAGAGUGCUCGACCCUCCAUUAGUGAAAUACCAGAGAGAACUAUGUCUGUUAGUGAUUUUAAUUAUUCACGGACUAGUCCUUCAAAAAGACCAAAUGCAAGGGUUGGUUCUGAGCAUUCUUUAUUAGAUCCUCCAGGAAAAAGUAAAGUUCCUCAUGAUUGGAGAGAACAAGUACUACGGCACAUCGAGGCCAAAAAGUUAGAAAAGAGCAUGCUGUCAAGGUCCUUUAAUUCCAAUUUUACUGCUGUAAGCAACUUUCACUAUGGCAGCUCUAGGGAUCUGCAUGGCAGCCAAGGCAGCCUUGCCUUGAGUGUUGCAGACGGAAGAGGUUCUGGUGGGCACAUUUUUCGACAUCCCCAGACAGCCUGUCCAGGAGAUCCUUGUCAAGAUGAUCUAUUCCUUUCAGGACAGCCGAACUACUCGUCAGCUACACUUAGUCACAAAGAUGUUCCUCCAGACAGCUUGAUGAAAAUGCCUUUGAUUAAUGGACAGAUGGGCCAGCCCCUCAGGCCUCAGGCAAAUUAUAGUCAAAUACAUCACCCCCUUCCUCAGGCUUCUGUGGCAAGGCAUCCCUCUAGAGAACAACUAAUUGAUUACUUGAUGCUGAAGGUGGCCCACCAGCCUCCAUAUACACAGCCCCAUUGUCCUCCUAGACAAGGCCAUGAACUGGCAAGGCAAGAGAUUCGAGUGAGAGUUGAAAAGGAUCCAGAACUUGGAUUUAGCAUAUCAGGAGGUGUUGGGGGCAGAGGAAAUCCAUUCAGACCUGAAGACGACGGUAUAUUUGUAACAAGGGUACAGCCUGAAGGACCAGCAUCAAAAUUAUUACAACCAGGGGAUAAAAUUAUUCAGGCUAAUGGCUACAGUUUUAUCAAUAUUGAACAUGGACAAGCAGUGUCCUUGCUAAAAACUUUCCAGAACACAGUAGAACUCAUCAUUGUACGAGAGGUUUCCUCAUAAGAAUUGUGGACAAAAAAAGGGGGAAGGCAGCAAGAUUUAUUGGAAGAUAUUUGCAGGGGAAAUUAAUAUUUUGACUAUUUUUAUAUGUAAAGAAGAACUCAAAAAAUUAUGUUCAAAUUUGUACAUUAAUGAAAUAAUGGAACUUGUGGUCAGAGGGAAAGAACCACUGUACAGUAUAUAGGGGAGACUGUUGAAUUCAUACCAUAUAAAAGUUCUUGUUAGGUUUUUAAACAUAGCAAUCAAGGCUACAAAAACAAACAUAUGUUGUUUUUGUAUAGAUUGUAGGUUUAUUUUUGGAUUUCAUACACAUGACUGAACUCUGUGCAAGGCUCUAGUUGGCCUUGAUUGUAGCCCAGAGACAGAUGGCAGAGCUUUCUGUCUCAUAGCUUUUGUGCCCUUAUUUUUAUUCAACUUGUAUUAAUGUUUUUCUGCUGAAACUACUUGUUUUUAAUGUGGGCAAGAGAUUUGAAGUGUUGGUUUUUGCUAUGUGCAUAUUGAAUUGAAGAGUGAGUAGGUGAAGGUGGUGCUGGUGGGUUCACUUUCCAAGGCCAGAUUAAAACAGUCAAUUCCUAUAAAAAUCUGGAAGCAGAGAUUGAAAAAUCUGUUAAUGUGUUUUUAUUAAUAAAAUAAUGCAAUAAAAAUGUAAUGUCUUUUUAAAGAAAUAAAAAAGACGGUAAUUGCAUUUUAUGAGCUCUACAGGAUCUGUUCUUGUCAUAGCCAUUGACAAUACAUUUGCUACUGGUGAUUCAAUUUUUAAUUUUUUAGUCACAGGAAAUUUUUAACUCUUAUGUAGAUGCAUGUCCAUGCAUUUUUUUUUUGUGAUAUGGAAAUCUCUUGAUUUUUUUUUUUGCAAAUGUUAGUCCUUGCAAUCUGUUUUAUAAUUAGUAUUCCAUUUUAAUCUUAAUUUAUAAUUUUUAUUUUAAGCAGCACAUGAAACUAAAAUGGCCAGUUUUAAGAUUGUGUUGCUGUAACACAAAGUGUAAGCAGAUUUAGGAAAGCCUCUUGAUUUUGUUUGGUCUCACAUUGCCUUGGUAAAGUCAAAGGAAACAGUACGCAUGGAGCUAGGAAACCAAAGUAAGUUUGUGAAAUUGGCACAGUGAUAGAGAAUUGCUGUGGAGAGUUGUAGAGCAAAGGGAUGGGUCCUUGAGGCCUACCAGUGUGUAAAGGUAUUCAAAUAAAGGGCUGUUCCUAAAGGUAACAUUAAAUGUGAACUCAACACUUCAGAGUCUUUAAAGGGUUUCUAAGUGUAUCAAUGUAAUAGAAUAGUGUUUUACCACCAGCUGCCUUUGUUCCUCAUUAGUGUAACAAAUAUUUCAUAGUUGUUUAUUAAUUUGUUUAUCCAAACCAUUAAUUUUAUUUGUUUCUGUUCUUUGUAAUUCAAUAAAAUUUGAAUAACAUGCAAUGGUAAGAA